UGUUCUUCUUUGAAUCCGGGGAAGUGACAGACACCCUGGGGUUCGAUGGUAUACUAGGUGGCCGUAACCUUGUAAGAUGACGAAAGAACGGCAACUUUCAACGGUUUGUUUUCUCAUCUCAUUGCUACAAGCUGUCAAAGUGGAGGGAGAGAAGAUUGAGGCUCGGCGUACUGAGGCUCGGCGUAUUGAGGCUCGGCGUAUUGAGGCUUUGGGGGCUGCCAAGCUGAGUAUACCAAGUUGUACGCUACUGCUGCUGAUACCCAGUAUCCUGCUUUCGAAUUCGCUUGGUAUAGACCCUGAUGUCAUCACACCCGUCUCCUAGAGAAUAGUCUUGCUAGGGAUCAUGGCUCAUGGGGGUGACUCUUGGAGC